GGUCGAGGAAGGGAGAUGGAGCAAAGAGCUCGGCCAAGAGAAUUCUUGCUCCUAUAUAAGACGUGGUACGUCGUAUUUUGGAGUAUUAUCGUACUGACUGCAAGCCAGACAUACACGAGCUCCAACAUGUUCAAACUGUUAUGUCUGUUUGCCUUUUUGGCAUUCGCCGUGGCUGCGCCCGCACCCGCACCCGCACCCGCACCAGCACCCGGUGCAAUCAUCGGCGCCCCGCUUGUGACAUCCUAUAGUGCUCCCAUCGUUUCCGCGCCGUUAGCUUAUAGCGCGUAUAGCCUACCGACUUAUAGCGCGUAUUCAGCGAUUCCAGCCUUACCAUACGCAUAUAAGAGUUACGCGGCCUAUGUGGCCUAAUCACACACGUCGCUAGAUAUCAGAGGACCAGGCAUCAGAGAUUAAGGACCAAUUUCCACGAAUACACUUCACACAAAUUAAUCAACGCUCGCGAAAUUUUUUUCAAAAGACCUAAUCACGGAGUUAUUCCUCCACGGUUCAUUCUCUUCACCCUCCCCCCUUUUCAUCUGCGUUCGAAUGACUCUACAUUUGCAUUCCAUUAGAUCCAGAAUCAAUAAAGUCGCUUAAAAGCAA